AAAAAGUUGAACCCAAGUGCCAAAAAAAACAGUUGAGCCCAAGUGCCUGUCCGAAUGAGGUAUAGUCGUCGUCCCAAAAUGGGGGGAGUUUGAGGUGAUCAACAGGGGGGCACUUGGGUUCAUGUACAUCCUCCAAGUCGAGGUGGUGGCUUGAAGAGAAGAAACUGUCUAUCCUUCAAGUACCGAGUCUUUCUAGACAGACGCCUCUCUUUCCGCCACUACGCGUUCUCAUUCCUAUCCUUAAUCGUUACCUGCCAUUCGUACCCUUGCGGGCCUAUGUCUAAGUAUAUUGGCCGAGCUAUCCUAACUUAGUAUUUGCUUUACAAUUUUUGAGUCUCCCCCCCAAAGGGAUAUAUACCUAGGUAAGUAUCUCUCUAUUAGACGUACCACUACCACUUUGUCUUUGUCACAUCUAUAUAUCUAUAUCUAUCCCCUCAUUCCUCAAAACAUCCCAUGAAGCUCUCCUCCCAUUGAAUUUUGCCACCUAUCCUCCUUCAAGUAUCGGUAUUGUCAUUCGCUCCUGGAGUCGAACCUUUUUUGGACUACGAUCUUUGCUUCCGACCCUAAUUCAGAUACGAUGAUGGAAAUGCACCACAUGGAUAUGAGGGUGGGUUACUCUGAAGGGUUUCCCCUCGAUAACCCUGGCCUCUCUUGCUCUUCUUCGUCAGGUAGCUUUUCUUCAGCUUCAACAUCCAGUUCUAUGCCCGAGCCAUUCACGCCAACGUCUGGUCGAUCAACCCCCGGAUUUCGCACCAUGUCGAUGGACCAUGACUCUGUCUCCUAUUCAGGACCGGGAGUAUUUGAGCUAACUCCACCUUCGUCAGCCUUAGGAGGUUAUUUCCCGUCAGACUCUAAGGCAGAGUUUCAACGAUACAUGGAAUACGGCAGUGCUUCACCAAGCCCGACUCGAAAGUCCAGUAUGCAGACACAGGCGAUGGAGUUCAACUAUGCUUCUAUGAUCCCUGCUACGUAUCCUUCUCUGCCAACUCAAGAACAAGCUAUUGAGGCCGGCAAUCCUCAACCUCUUGGCCAUUAUUCCUUCUCGAACUAUAUUGCGUCGCCACAGUACCCAGUGCCUGCCCCAGGGUAUCACUUUGAAGACCCAUCUCGAGAUCCAGCAUCGAUGUGGUCGUGGACUAGUGAGAGUCCAGUAUCGUUUUUCGGAAGAGGGCAUCCCUCAGCUUCGCCUUCUCCAUCUCAGCCUCUUUCUGCUCGUGAUCGGAACGGCCUUCCACCGCCGCACCUCUCUCACGACAGGAGGCGAGUCAACAUCAACAAGGUCCAGCAAAAGACUACGGCCCUGCAAAGAGUGCAAAGAACGCAGCACAGACAUGGUGUCAGGAUAGAAAGAAUCGCCGCCGCUACUUUCAAGUGCAACUACCCGGGCUGCCAAAAGGGGCCCUUCAAGCGACAGGAACACUUGAAGAGGCAUAAGAAUACAAAACAUGCCGAUGACCCAGGGGCUAUCAUCACAAACUGCCCGUUCUGCAAGAACAAGCCGUUCAACCGAAAAGACAACUACCGGCAACAUCUCAAGCUUCACACCAUGAAGAACCGUCCAACUCGCCGCACAGAUUACCACCCUGAGGCCCAAGCCCUGCUUGAUGAAGAGAUAAACAAGACCAAGCAACGGAGUCAGCUGAAGAAUAAAGGCGUCACGUUCAAAGACGAAGACUAGUCACAUUAAAUUGAUACCCCCGACUAUCCGUUUAGUUCCCAAACAAAUCAAAGGAGUUUUUAUGUUUUGAAAUUACGGCGGUAAAUCUUGGAUAUCACGCUGUCAGGCCAGAUAUGAAACUCCUGUGUUGGGGGACUUGGAAAAGGAGCACGGCGUUAAGGGCACGGGAAUCGACUCUCUUUUUUAUAUUUUCCCUUUGUGACUUACAGUACCCUCGAUAUCUUUGCAUUUGGAGGUUUACUUGAUUCAAAGGCGUUUUUUGGAGUACUUGUAUUGAGUUACCCGUUCUAUAGUUUCUACGUUUACGUUUUUUUUUAUCACGGUAACUCCGUGAGCGUACUCGGCAGAUCGUGGAGCUACGGGCUUGGGGAAGAGGAUACCAUUGUUUCUAAAAUCGUGUUACUGAGUAGCCUACGGGCUACCAAUUUUGUAUAAUAAUAGGUAGUUAUCAGCAUUCGCAUAGGUGGUCGAAAAAAAGCAUACGAAAAAAAAAGACACUCUCUUCUUUUGUGAUGAUCGUGAACAACAACCCUUAGCCCCCUUCUUUCUCCUGGAAGGGUUU